AGGCAGAGUGAGGGAGUUUUUAAUAAGUACUAAUGUAUUUUUAAAAUUUCUUAAAAAGUAGGUUAUUGACCAAUUAGAAUACCAAUUAAAACAUGAUUAGAAUAAUAACAAUUUAAUACAAAUCUUUUUAGAUAUGUCAGUAGCCAGAUCAGAAGUUUUGCGGCUGUAUAAAAAUAUUUUGAGAUAUUCCAAAUCUCUUUCUCUGAGUGAUCCAGUCUAUUUCAAAAACAGAGUUGUUAAAGAGUUCAAGAAAAAUAAAAUUUUGACGGAACCUGAAGAUAUUAAUUUUGCCUAUCAGAAAGGGAAAGCAUUUCUCAGGCGUGGUGCAGUAGUCUAAAAUGUUGGCAUUUGUUAAACAGGUCCGUUUAACAUUCAUGUUAACGUCAAAGGCUUUUAAACAUACUAUAGAUUACAGUAAAGUACCAAGAAUUAAUGAAUAUGAUUUGGCAGAACAAUUUAUCAGAGGUAGCGGCCCUGGCGGGUCAGCUGUGAACAAAAAUGCUAAUUGUGUGGUACUGACACAUUUACCAACAGGUAUUGUUGUGAAAUGUCACAUCAGUAGGUGCCAAGAUGAGAAUAGAAAACUUGCUAGGCAAAUGUUAAUUGAUAAAUUAGAUGGACAGCUGAAUGGUGAAGACAGUGUUAUUGCACAAAAGAAAAGGCAAGAAGAAAAAAAGAUGAAACGCAAUGAAUACAAGAAGAAAAAGAUGGCACUAUUAAAAAGUGAAUGGAAGAAGAGAGAAGGGCUGACAUAGGAGUAUUUAAGAGAGAUGAUUAAAUGUAAUGUUAUUUAAAACAUACAUUAGAUUAGAUUUGUGAAAAUUCAAAUUGUUAUUUUAUGAACUUUUUAGAGCUACCUAAAUAUAUUUUGUAUUCAUUGUAAUGGCUUAUUUAAAGAGUGUGUAAUAAGUGGUGCUAU